AUGUCCCGUCGUGUGGAGUUUGACUUGAGCAACGAGGACAACACGGAGCGUCGCCGUGCGAACACUUUCUCUUCGGAAGAAGACGGUGUGCCAAAUGAGGUCGCCGACUAUCUCGUCUACUUCUCUCGAAUGAUCGAUGAGCAAAAUGUACCUGAGAUUCUCACUCUCUACGAUCAAGCUUUUCCGGAUCUCACCGAGCGAUUCUUCCGCGAUCGUAUGUGGCCCGAUGAGAACGUCGUCGAACGAAUUAUCGGCCCAGGCAACAAGCUCUUCAUUAUAUUGUACAAAGAGCUCUACUAUCGCCAAUUGUACGCAAGAAACGCUCGUGGACCACUCCUUGUUCAUCGCUACGAAUCGUUCAUGAACUAUCAAGAGCUCUUCUCUGAGCUUCUCUCCAGCAAGGAUCCUAUUCCACUCUCGCUUCCAAACGUCUGGCUUUGGGACAUAAUCGACGAGUUCGUUUAUCAAUUCCAAGCAUUCUGUCUCUACAAAGCCAAUCCAGGCAAGAGAAAUGCCGACGAGGUUGAGGAUUUGAUCAACAUUGAGGAGAAUCAGAAUGCAUGGAACAUCUAUCCAGUGCUCAAUAUCCUCUACUCGCUUCUCUCAAAGUCUCAAAUUAUUGAGCAGUUGAAGGCACUCAAGGAGAAGCGCAAUCCUGACUCUGUAGCUGACGAGUUCGGACAAUCGGAUCUCUACUUCAAGCUCGGUUAUUUCGCAUUGAUCGGUCUUCUUCGCACUCAUGUCCUCCUUGGAGACUAUCAUCAAGCUUUGAAGACUGUCCAGUAUGUGGAUAUCGACCCAAAGGGAAUCUACAACACCGUCCCAACCUGUCUCGUCACUCUUCACUAUUUCGUCGGUUUCUCUCAUUUGAUGAUGAGAAAUUAUGGAGAGGCGACGAAGAUGUUCGUCAACUGUCUUCUCUACAUUCAACGCACCAAGACUGUGCAAAGUCAACAGCCAUCAAAGAAGAACUUCCAAUACGAUGUGAUCGGAAAGACCUGGGAUCAGCUCUUCUAUCUCUUGGCUAUCUGUCUGGCAGUCCAGCCACAAAGAAUCGAUGAGAGCAUAUCUUCGCAGCUUGCCGAGAGAUGCGGAGAACGUAUGAUGCACAUGGCGAACGGAAACAUUGAUGAAUUCCGCAACGCCUUCUCUACCGGAUGCCCCAAGUUCCUCUCACCAACUACUGUCGUCUACGAGGGAGUCAAUCAAUCCAAAGAACCACUUCUACGUCAAACUCAAUCAUUCUUGGAGGGCAUCGAGUCGCAGAUGGCUCUACCAGUUCUCCGUGGUUAUCUGAAACUCUAUACGACGCUCCCAACGAAGAAGCUCGCCUCGUUCAUGGAUGUCGACGAUGAGCACUAUGAAUCGUUCCUCGGAAAGUUGCUGACUUAUAAAAUGAUUGUCAACGAACUCGGUAAAGAACCAGGACCAUCGACUGUAGACGAGGACGAGCCACAGACUGAUAUCGAUUUCUACGUGGAUCGUGAUAUGAUCAACAUUGCUGACACGAAAGUCGCUCGUCACGUUGGAGAGCACUUCCUCAGGCAUAUUCAGAAGUUGCAUGAGGUGCAGGAUGUGCUCAAGCGACUCGAUACGGCUGGACAGAAGCCUUAA